AGCUCUCAAAUUGGUGUACAUGGCCCUCCAUAUAUUAGUACUGAUCAGCAUAGCCAGAUUUAUCAAAUAUCCGGUUGUUAUUCUGCAGUGUACCACUUACUUAAUAUGCUUUUAAAGGUAGUAAUGCCUUCUGUCACAGCUACUAUCAGAUUGGUACUGCAAGGAAACACUGGGACCUUGACUUAUAGUAUACAA